CCGCCCCUCUUCUUCUUGCCUCGCCCCGCCCCCGGCUGGGGUUCAGGCGGCCGCGCGGGGGGCGCAGUGCGCUGCUGGGCCCGAGGCUGGGGCGCGGGGCGGAUGGUGUGUCACGUGCCCGGCGGUCGUUCCACAGCCUCUGCAGCCGCCGCCCCCCUCCUCUGCCUGCGCCAUCGCCCCACCCGGAGGCCAUCGGGGCGCUCCGGGCGGCUCCGAAGCUGUGUCCCUCCGGAGGCGUCUUUGGGAAACUCUGGGCAGCCUCCGCUGGGCAUCCCGCUGGCCAGCUUCCUGUGUUCAUCCAGACCUAUCUGUGCUCUGACCUGGGGGCCAUACUCCACACACGGUUCUCCCUUCACUCCUCUCUUGGAGACGGUCAAGCAUCUCUUGAUGAGCACAAGCAUCUCUCUGGAGUGUUCCACGGUGGCUCCGAAUCAAGACAGGUAUCCCGCCUGGAGGGGGCCCUGGGACAGCUCUUCCCCAUGUUCUGAGGACCCACCUGAGCCGGCCACCGAGACAUGGGAGCAGGGCUGUCAGGCCCAGGCAGAGCACAGAGCCCCGGGGUCUGAGCCGGAGGGAGAGCGCCUGCCCGGCCGCCAGGUGCCUCGAAGAUCUAGAGGAGACCAGGGGGUCUUCCUGACCCAGGGAUUGAACUGGCAUCUCCUGCAUUGGCAGGUGGAUUUUUUACUGCUGAGCCAUCUGGGAAGCCCUGUGCAUGUGUGGAGGUGCCCUCUGUCCCCCAGGGCAGCUGGGAAGGACACAGAGACUACAGCUAAGACCCAAGAGAGAAGAUCGGUCUUCCCUUAGGGACUUCUAGGUUCCGGGUGAUCCCCGGGAGGUGGAGCUGAAGCCUGGGCACGUUGACAAGUACAGGAGGAAGGACUGACUGCUGGAUGGGCAGCUUUGCUGGCAAAUUGGCCUCCCCAGCCACAUUCUCGAAGACUCUGCACUUUCCAGGGGCUUCCAGGUCAUCAGUAGGCCCCUGGGGAGGGAGACCUGGGAGUCACAUCCCAUCAGGGCUGCCAGGACCCAAGAGAGAACUGUGGUGCCCUAUACCAAGGUCACAGGUGUGAAGCCCUGUACCAAGGUCACAGGAUAAAAAUCUCUGGGACUGACCAAGCUCCAUAGCAACUUUUGCUGUGAGCCUCCAGAUCUAAACCAGCCACUCCCCUGAUCCCACAUUAGGUAAAAUACCCACCCACCCUAUAGCAUCCUAACUAAUUACCUAAUGCCACCAUUCCAGUAGGAAUUUCUUUAUCUUGAAGCUCUGAAAAUUUGGCUACUAGCCUGUGAAAAGAUUCAACUCUCCCUUGAGCGGGCCUGCUGUUCUAACAGCGUCUCCCACUCUAAUAAACUCUGCUCGC